CGGUCGCCACGGCUCACGUGGCGUCAGGCGAGCGCGGAGCGGAUCGCCGGAACACGCCGCGCGUGCAAGUGGGCGGCGGCGCGAGCAGCGCUGUGACUGCGAGGAGGAGCCUCCUAAUAAAGACCAGAUUUACUGCAUCUACUAUGGCUGUGGACAAUGGGAAUGCCGACAUGUCAGCGGGAGUUGGGGUGGGGGGUGGGGGACACAGCAUGGGCCGGCCAGUGAAGGCGCUGGUGCGGGUGGCCACGCAGGUCAACGUGGUGCCAGCUCACCGCCUCGUCAACUUCGACGCCCCAGCCACGUGCGUUGCCCUUGACCCUUCUGCCCAGGCGUCUCUCAACGAGGGGAGCCAGGGCGUGGAAGUGUGGUGGCUGGGAGCGCCGCGGCAGAGCAACGGCUUAAACGGGAAGCAGCAAGUGGUGUGCAGCAAGGUCAGGUUCUUCACGAAGGGUGCCUGCCAGGGUGCGCCGGUGGCCGAAACCGUGAAGCCGCAAGUCCCCAAUCUGAAGAAAAACUUCCUCCGGCCCAGCAAGCUGGAGGUCCCCAAAUUUGCUUCUCUUUCUUGCGAGGCUG